AUGACAGCUUCUACACCACCUCCUCAACCCGUUUCAUCUCACCCUAUGGUCACCCGCUCUAAAGUGGGUUCUUUUAAACCCAAUCCCAAGCACAAUGCCUCUCUUGCGCACAUCAUGCAAUUUGGCCUUCAUGCUGCUUUGCUCAAGUCUCAUGAUCCUAAAGGGUUCAAAAGUGCCUCAAAACACCCUCACUGGCUCCUUGCAAUGCAAGAUGAACUUAAGGCCCUUCAACGCAAGCACACAUGGACCCUUGUACCCCGACCUCACUCGUCCAAUGUUGUUGGUUCCAAAUGGGUUUUCCGUACCAAAUAUCGUUCGGACGGCUCUAUUGAUCGUCAUAAAGCUUGA